AUGAGCAGAGCGUUUGGAAUUGGCCUGGGCUGGCUCAGGGUCAACCGAUCCAGCACGUCCGUGUGCUGCAUUGGUGCUAUCGCCGGCUACACUGUGUACUGUCUGAUUGCAGACCAAUGGAUCUCCAGCCGGCGCAGCAUUAUGAUUGAAAAGCGCAAGCAGCAGGAUCAGCUUAUCGACACAAAGGACACCCGCAACCCGCCGCCGCUCUACGCGUCGCUGUUUAUUGGCGUGCCCGCCGGCUGCGCACCUUGGUCGAGGAUCCCGGCAUACGCAGAGUACCCAGACGUCAGCUCGCUCAAUAGGGACUCGCAGAUCACAGCAACAUGGCUUGGCCAGUCGACGUGUUUUGUGCAGAUGGAGGGCCUGAAUAUUUUGACAGAUCCGAUUUUCAAGCGCAGGACCGUGUUCUCAUGGCUCGGUCCUGAGAGACUGCGCCCUGUGCCUUGCCAGCUCAAAGAUCUGCCGCACCCUGACAUUGUCCUUGUCUCGCACAACCACUUUGACCACCUCGACAUUGAUGUGGUCAAGUCCCUUGGAAACUCGGUAACAUGGUAUGUGCCGCUGGGCCUCCGUGACUGGUUUGCGCGGCAAGGAAUCUACAAGGUCAAGGAGCUUGACUGGUGGCAUGAGUCGGAUAUUACACACUGGAGCGGCCGCAAUGGCUUUGACAGCAACUGCUCGCUGUGGUCGAGCUUUUUGGUGAAAGCAUUCAAGGAAGUCGGAAAACGGUACGGCCCUGUAACCCUGGCUGCGCUGCCUAUCGGUAGCUACGAGCCACGGUGGUACAUGUGCCAUCAGCAUGUGAAUCCAGACGAUGCAGUGAAGAUCCACCGGGAUCUUGGUGCCAAAUGGUCAAUUGGUGUGCACUGGGGAACAUUUAUGAUGUCAGAUGAGCACUACUUGGCGCCAGUACGGGAUCUGAAGACUGCUUGCUGA